UCAAUCUUUCCGUGCAGUUGGAGCUUAUUUGGUUGUUGUAGUUCUUCAUAUUAGGAGAAGAAAAUGUCUUGCUGCGGAGGGAGCUGUGGUUGUGGAUCUGGCUGCAAGUGCAGCGAUGGAUGUGGAGGAUGCAAGAUGUAUCCUGAUUUGGCUGAGAAGACCAGCACCUCUGAAACCAUGAUCCUUGGAGUUGCACCUCCGAAGGGGCACUCCGAAGGGUUUGAGAUGGCUACUGGAUCCCAGACCGAAGCUUGCAAGUGCGGAUCCAACUGCACCUGUAACCCCUGCACCUGCUAAUAACCCAGCGAGGUGCUUGCCUUAAAAGCCUAGGUUUGCAGAUAUGCUGGUGUGGUGUGUGUCGCUUUGUGUGAAGACUAGUAAAUCAAAUAAGAGGCCAUGGCUACAAAUUACAUGAUGAGGUCCUCUCAGUAAUAGUUGUUGCUGUGGCCAUCAUGUGUUGGGAUUGCUAAGCUACUGUUUAUGGUGUGCUUGUUCUAUGUUAUGCUCUUCUUGAUUUGAGUGGAAACGUUGGAUCCAUAGCAAUAUUAUUUGUGCAAUGUCUGGAACUUGCCAUUUGAAAAUUUGGCUCUGCUUGUAUUGUACAAUAAGUUGUCUAUUUUCUUAUGGUCC